GUGAACGAAUAGAUAGGACAAGGAGCGUGGCUGAUUGACCGCUGUAAGUUUUGCAAGAUGGGCAUCAACUUAGGAGAAGAGUUUCCCAACUUCCAGGCGCCAACAACCAUUGGUGACAUUCACUUUCACGACUGGAUGGGAAAGUCAUGGGCAAUUCUCUUCUCGCAUCCGGCAGAUUUCACACCCGUCUGCACGACUGAGCUGGGCAGAGUUUUGAAGCUCAUCCCUGAGUUCAAGAAGAGGAAUGUCAAGGUCAUUGCCCUGUCAUGUGAUGAUGUGAAGAGCCACAAUGAUUGGUCCAAGGAUAUCCAAGAUUUCAGUGGAACCAGCGGAAACUUCCCAUACCCCAUCAUCUCUGACCCCAAGCGAGAUUUGGCCGUUCAGCUAGGCAUGCUGGAUCCUGCUGAGAAAGAUGCAGCGGGCCUGCCACUUACAGCACGCGCGGUCUUUAUCAUUGGCCCAGACAAGAAACUCAAACUAUCCCUGCUCUACCCUGCAACCACUGGAAGGAACUUUGAUGAAAUCUUGCGGGUGAUUGAUUCUCUGCAGUUGACAGCAACAAAGAAAGUGGCAACUCCUGAGGGCUGGGUGCAAGGAGGAAAGUGCAUGGUUUUGCCAAGUGUAAAGCAAGAUGAACUACCAACGCUGUUCCCUAAGGGAGUGGAGGUGCGGGCUGUACCCUCAGGCAAGUCAUACCUGCGCUUCACAGAACAACCAUAAGGCUCAUCUGAAAUGCCAACGGGCCUGGACACGCACCAAUGGACACCAUUUAAUGCCGUCCAUCCAAGUCUGUAGGCUAUUGGGCACUGGAAUGAGCUGCAAAGAGUUUAAAUGCUUCAUUACUAAUACCAGUUUAUUUGCUUAUCUUCAUUGAUUAUGCCAGAAUUGAAUAAAGAAUUAAGACUUUUUAAAUUUUUAAGUAAAAUUCAUGAAGUAAAGGAGUUAAAGUCAUUGUAAAAGCUUGAGCAAACAGAAUGUGAUUAUGGGUCUUCCAAACGUUUUUUGCCAGUUUUUUUUUAAUUUGCUUUGGUUGUUCGUUUUUUGAAUCAUCACGUUUCUUAAGAACACAUCCAUAACUUGCAUUUACGCUGUUAUUUGUUUUGUCAUCUGUGACAAGAGAGCUGUAAAUUUAUGAAGUAUUAACAUUGAAGUGCUGUGGAUCUAUAUUUAGUGUGUGCAUGUUAAUAGUGAAGUUGAUAAAUUUCUUAUUUAGCUUCAUCUUAAAUUUAACAUGUUGGGCAAGUCUUCGUUAAAAAAAAAGAAAAGAAAGAAACAUGUCAGCAUUAUUAUAUUUACGAUAUAAAUAAGUUCUGUCUUCUACAAACUUGGAACAACUUUUUGUCAGCUUAACUAUAAGGUGGUUUUUAUGCUUUUGUAAUAAAAAAAAAAAUUAAUCCUGGAGAUUAAAGUUCAAAUUUCUUAAUUGCUCCAUGAACAAGUGCUAUAAUUGCCAUAGCAUAUAUAACACUAUGUUAAAAGAAUCUUAGUACAGAGGCAUGUGUUGUGCUACUUACUAUUUUAUUUAAAAUAGUUUUUAUGAAUAUGUUGUAGAACGUAUUAAAGGCAUUUUAACUGUAUAGACCAUAUCAUCAAAUGAGCAUGAUAUCAAGAAAUUUAACAGAUUAUUUGAAUUACAUGUAGUUUUUGUUAAAUAUCUACGAUGAUAUAUCCUACAUGAGGUAAAAUGUUUUUUUUUUUAUAUACACUUUAUCUAUAUUGUUAAUUUAUGCCACUGUCCAUUAUUUUGAAACAGAGUUUUCAUAUUGUUUUUUCACAAUAAACUUUGUUCUGUCCAGUAUUCCAUAAAGAUGUUUCUGUGGCAUGUUGAACAAUAUUUGCUUACAUUAAUGUAUACAUUCCAACAAUUCCUUUAUGUGGCAUUUUGAUUUGUUAUCUCACAGUGUGCAAACUAAACUCACUAUUGAAAGUUUCAUCAGGAGUGAGAAAUCCUUUUUGAAUUUUGAACCCAAAAGUUAUGAUUCUUUUAAAACUUCUUUCGUCCUCGGUGCUUAAUUUGGUCCAUCCACUUUAUACCAUUAAGACACACUAGAAUGGUGAUGCUUCACACUUUUAAUGGUUGUUUAGUGGAACUGUUAGUUUAUACUCAUAUAAAUCAGAAAUAAAGUGCUUUUUUU